AUGACUAAAUUAAAGUACAGAAUCAAACCAGAGUCAGAAGAAGAAGAACCAGUUUCGGAUGACGACGACGAUGAAAUCAAGACCGAGCUCGUCAACCUGGUGAAGAAACUAUACAGAAAAAAGAAAGGGUUCAACAAAAAGGAUAUCAGAAAAGUCAUCCAGUCCAAAGAAGCCCAACCAAGCUCAAAGGUGAAAUUCGAGUUCGGAGUUCUGCGUCGGCUCAUCUCUGACAAUGGAAGGCAAUUCGUCAGACAACGACUCAGGGAAUGGUGUGAAGGUUACGGGAUUCAGCAGGCCUUCACCUCUGUAGCAUAUCCACAUAGCAACGGACAAGCUGAAGUCGUCAAUCGGGAAAUUUUACGAAUUCUUCGAGCUCGGCUCGACCACGUUGGAGGCAGUUGGGCAGAUGAGCAGUCGGGCAUGCUAUGGGAUAUCCGCACGACUCCAAAGGAGGGGACAGGAGUGACACCAUUCCACUUGGUCUAUGGAGGCGAAGCAGUUGUCCCUGUUGAAGUCGGAGUUGAAUCCGACCGGGUGCAGCAAUAUAACGAGGACAACGCCGAGUGA